AUGGAUUCCCAGCCUAUCGAUCAUUGGCUGUUACCUACUACCUUCAGUGUCGCUAUCAUACUCCAUGGAGUUCAGCUCUACCUGUUAUACAAGGAGCAUCGGUUUCUCAAGCAUUCCACCAUCCUUUUUGUGGUUACAAGCAUAGCCUUGCUUUCGUCCUACUACCAUACCGACGACGACACAGCGAUCUACCUGUCGAUAUCCUUGAAAGCACUUUGCCUACACUAUGCCGUCCUGUCAAAGUACGGGGUCUCGAUCCUACCGCUACUGGAAAAGAUGUUCUGGACGAGAAGGUGGGCCAUCGCCAUUAGUGGAUACGGUCUUCAGACCCUUUUUACCAUCGCUAGGGUUGUCGCCAAACUCGAACUUGGUCUGGAGAUUCUAUGGUCGCUGGUCAUCUCUGAUGUAGUAGUCCCGGGAUUGCUUGCCUACCUGUUUUGCAAGUCUGCAAGGCGCGUGAACAGGCCCCUGGACUCCCGGCUACGCUACUACUCCUCGCUCCUUUUCAGUGGGCUAGUGUUUCUGGCCUCAGGUUUCCUACUUGGCCUUGGCGCCGUACGCGUCAAUAUCUUCCCUUAUACAUACACGCUUGCAGUGCUUUCGUCGGCUGGAACGAUUUUCCAGGCCAAGCGAGCGAUUGUCCAGGCCAGUGUUACCGGGACGCUACCCUCGAACACGAGGGACGGGUCAUUGCAUCGUCCAGAAGCGUCAUCUACAACUGCAUGGCAGCCGGUGUAG